UCCAAAAUGGAGCUCGAAGGUGCGAUAGGAAGACGUGUUAAAAUAUUGCUGGAAGAUGGAACCAAUAUUGAUGGAUUUGUGCACUCUCUCAGUGCAAACUCAGGCAAAAUAUCUUUGGAAAAGGUUGACUGUUUUGAGAAUGGCAGAAAGAAAAAACUAGUUGGACUUCAACAUUACUUUGCAGAAGAAAUCACAAGUAUUGUUGUUACAGAAGAUGUGUGUAAACACAAGAAGAAAACAAAAUCACAAGAGAGUGUGUUGCCUAUAGCAGCAAAUAUGACAAGUGCCCUUGCUGUUAGGGGACUUUUAAUGCUGGGAAAUAGUCAUGUUCAUAAAUUAUAUGGUAAAUGUUUUCUAAUUUGCUACAUUUUAGCAUUGACGUCCUCAGGAAAUGAGACAGGUAGCAGUGACUCGGACAUUGAUGCUCUCCCACAGUCUGACGAAUACACCAUUAUACCCAAGCUGUGCAAUACAUUCUAUGAAUCUGUCACAUACAUUAAGAAGCAUCAAGUGGUUGCCGUGGCAAUGGAGGGUAUAUCUAUAGGAAGAUUUGGCAGGCUUUGUUGGUUACAGAUUGCUGUGCCAGGGCAUGUGUUCAUGUUUGAUGUACUACAGAUGGGCAGAGCAUGUUUUGAGGAAGGGGUGAAAAGUAUCCUGGAAAGUGAAGAUAUACUCAAGGUGCUGCACGACUGUCGUAUGGUAUCGGACCUGUUACAUCACCAAUAUGACAUCAACAUUAUCAAUGUGUUUGAUACACAGGUUGCUAACGUAUUUGUGUACAGAUUAAGACAUCAUCAUGACUGGCCGAGAUAUGUUGAUGGUUUAGGAUCAGCUCUGGUUCAACAUCUAGACCUAUCCAUGGAAGAAGUUAACUGGGCUGUUGUCAGAGAAAGACGUAGAGAGGAAGAUGAGGAGGUGUGGAGGGAGAGACCACCACAGCGCCACCUAGUGGAGGCUGCUGUAAAGAACGUCAAACAUCUGAUUGAGCUACGUAUGGUACUGAUGGAGAAAAUGAUGGAGGAAUUUGUAGCAGGAGUCAAUAUUUACCUGAUGCAUGUACGAGAUGCCUCCGAUAAUGAUGCUAAAAGAUACCAGACAACCCCUCAUCUUUUACCUGUAGCAUUUCAAGAUAUCCGGGCCUUCAUGUCAUCAUACAGAGGACAGAAUCCCCACUUUAAUGUCCGAGAGGUGCCAAAAGACAUGAAUGGAUUCCGUGAGAACUGCUCAGGUAUUGUUCAGCCGGAUGUCUAUUUCUCCAAGGAUUCAAUCUGGCAUGGGGGAUCAAAGAAAACUGGUAUUAAAGGUCCGAGAUCUAUUUCUUCAGUUAUGAAUUCACAAGUCUCAUCUCAGGGAAGCUGUGCCGCAUCUGCUGACAAACAAUCUGCAACAGAAUCUCAGGAAAGUAGUUCCGUCUCAACACAUAAACACAACACUUCUCAAAGUGACAUUGACUCCAUCCACAGGAACAAAACUGAUAUUCCUACCCAAAGACUCAUUCAUACCUCUACAGAGAGUGGCAAUGAUUCUAUUCAGUCAUGUGAAACUGUUAUUCCUUCACGAAGAAAUAUUCAUACAUCACCAGAUAGUGAUCUCGUUUCUAAAGCAGUCGCUGCAAUGAACGCAAAAAAGCUUGAAAUGGAGGGGGAGAUAUCUCAGUCAGAAUUCUGUGAAACAAAAUUUAAUCCCCAAAAUAUAAGAAAUCUUGAUGCAUUCGGAGAAACAUCCAUUGCAACAAAAGAUUUGAAUGCUGCAGAGCUCAGAGGAGGAAGCCUGAUGCGAGCACUUGUGCAUGAACAAGACGCUACAGGAUUUGAGGCUACAGCUGAUAUAGAAAAUUUCACUAUUUUACCCGCUGGAAAGAUGGUUAGUGUAGCAAAAAAGACGAAAGUGGUAUCGAGCGGUGACCUAAACGAUUCAGUGAUGCAUCGAGAGAAGAGUGCGUCUCGGUCAAUGCCUCAUUCAGUAGGUUGCACACAAGGUGUUUGUGUUCGUAAUGGUAAAAUUUCUCCUGAACACAGUCAGCCAGUUUCAAGAAGUCAGCGAGAGGAAUUGCGUCCAGCUAUACCAGGUGGAGAUAUUGCCACUUAUUCUCCGCCGCGGAAAUCACGGCUGACUGAACAGGAACUUCUUAUGCUAGAGAGACUUCAGAAUUCCCAGCUAGGUAGAAUGCAUGAGCAAGAUGUGUUAGACAUGCAGAAGCACAAAUCUUCGUCUGACAAUGAUACUCCGUCACAUAGACCUUCGUCUCAGGGAGCUAGAAAAAGUAAUCGUCUCAUCGAGCAACUUCAGGGAAAGUCAUCCACUCAUUUCUAUUCUUCUGAUUCAGGAAACUUAGCAUCAUUUCCUCGUCAGAUGAAAGACUCUCAUAAUUCUACAAGUGAUUUAGGCCAUUUUAAUGGGUACGGCAGCAGUGCUUCUGAGAAGGAUGGACCUCACUUGUCUUCAGUGCCAUCAGAAACUAACGCAAAACUCAAAAGCCUUUUCCAGAAGUUGAAACAACAAUCAGAAUAGUUGAUACAUGAACUUUUGAAAGAUUGAAAAUUUUUAAUAUUUUAUGUUUUAUUAUUAAUGGUGAGUGGGGAUAAGGCAGCUGACAUAAUAUUAGAGGAACCAAUUUGCAGGUAGAAAUAACAGUGCAACUAGAAUAGUAAUUUGCUGUGUCAAAUCCUUUUUAUUGUUGCAAAGUCUAGGUCAGAGUUUGGAGACCAUCCUGAAAAUCAAAUAGCUGGUUGUUUGAACUAAACUCUAUUUUUAGCUUGACUUUUCAAAGAAUAGUCUAGCUAUUCUACUCACCCCGGCGUCGGCGUCACACCUUGGUUAAAGUUUUGCAUGCAAGUACAUAUGGUUAUCAUUAAAAGGCAUAAAGCUUUGAAACUUAUUUAUUCUUUUUCUAGGUCAAUUACCAACCUAAUUGGGUCAAGUUCCAUAACUCUGACAUGUAUUUUGAGCAAAUUAUGCCCCCUCCUGGUUAAAGUUUUAAAUGCAAGUUUCUGUCUCCAAAACUAAUGCAGAUAUUGAAUUGAAACUUCACUUGUGUCUUCGGGGUUAUAAAACUAGUUGAUAGCAUCAAGUCCCAUAACUCUGACCUGCAUUUUGGCAAAAUUAUGCCCCCUUUUGGACUUAGAAAAUCCUGGUUAAGGUUUUGCAUGCAAAUACAUACAGCUAUUACUUAAAGGCGUAUAGAUUUGAAACUUAUUAGCUCACCUGUCACAAAGUGACAAGGUGAGCUUUUGUGAUCGCGCGGUGUCUGUCGUCCGUCCAUGCGUCCGUAAACUUUUGCUUGUGACCUCUAGAGUGGUCACAUUUUUUGUGGGAUCUUUAUGACAGUUGGUCAGAAUGUUCAUCUUGAUGAUAUCUAGGUCAGGUUCGAAACUGGGUCACGUGCCAUCAAAAACUAGGUCAGUAGGUCUAGAAAUAGAAAAACCUUGUGACCUUUCUAGAGGCCAUAUAUUUCACAAGAUCUUCAUAAAAAUUGGUCAGAAUGUUCACCUUUGAUGAUAUCUAGGUCAAGUUCGAAACUGGGUCACGUGCCAUCAAAAACUAGGUCAGUAGGUCUAAAAAUAGAAAAACCUUUUGACCGCUCUAGAGGCCAUAUAUUUCACAAGAUCUUCAUGAAAAUUGGUCAGAAUGUUCACCUUGAUGAUAUCUAGGUCAAGUUCGAAAGUGGGUCACGUGCCGUCAAAAACUAGGUCAGUAGGUCUAAAAAUAGAAAAACCUUGUGACAUCUCUAGAGGCCAUAUAUUUCAAAAGAUCUUCUUGAAAAUUGGUCAGAACAUUCACCUUGAUGAUAUCUAGGUCAAGUUCGAAACUGGGUCACGUGCCAUCAAAAACUAGGUCAGUAGGUCAAAUAAUAGAAAAACCUUGUGACCUCUCUAGAGGCCAUAUUUUUCUCUUGUUAUAAUUUUAAUUUGUAAAUAUGCAAAAUUUACUUUAAAUUUGUUGAUUUCAGUUUAAUGUUUGAAAUAAAAAUCAACAUAAGGGUUUGCAGAAACAGAGUUGUAUUACAUGUUUGUUUUUUUACAUGUAAGUUGUUUUAAUUUAAAGAUCACUACAACUUUAUUAUCAAAUCGAGCUUAAUUUAUAAUUAUAUUUGAUAAAUUAUACCAUAUGUGCCUUCAUAGAGUGUUUAAUUGACUAUUUGAAUCGUGUUUGUCCUGUUUUAUAAGCAACAUGAUUAAUAAAAUAUAUUUUUGUGUUACAUACAUUUUUAUGCCCCCGACGGUGGGCAUAUUAAAAUCGCACUGUCCGUCCAUGUGUGCUUCCGUGUUAAUUCUCUUCUGGGCUAUAACUCUGCCAUCCAUAAAGGGAUUUUGAAAUAAUUUUGUAUAAAUGUUCACCAUAAUAAGACAAAGUGUCUUGCGCAAGACCCAGAUCCCUAGCUCCAAGGUCAAGGUCACACUUUGAGGUCAAAGGUUAACAUGGUCUGUUUCGUGUCCGGUCCAUAACUCUGCCAUCCAUAAAGGGAUUUUGAAAUAACUUUGGAUAAAUGUUUAUCAUAAUAAGAUGACUUGUCUUGCGCAAGACACAGACCCUUACCUGUAAGGUCAUGGUCACACUUAGAGGUCAAAGGUUAACAGGUUCUGUUUCUUGUUUGGUCCAUAACUCUGCCAUUCAUCAAGGGAUUUUGAAAUAACUUUGCAUAAAUGUUCCCUUUAAUGAGAUGACAUGUCAUGCUCAAGACCCAGACCCCUAGCUCCAAGGUCAGGGUCACAGAAGUCAAAGGUUAAAGUGGUCUGUUUCUUGUCUGGUCCUUAACUCUGCCAUUUAUCAAGGGAUUUGAAAAUAAUUUGACACAAAUGUUAACCAUAUUGAGAAGAUGUGUCGCACUUAUGAACCAGGUCUCUCAGGUCAAGGUCACAAAAUGAUUCAUACCUAAACUAUUCUGGCAUAUUUUGUGCAGACAACUGUAUGCCAGCAUUCUUGGGCAUGCUUCGGGGGCAUUUGUCACCAAUAGUGACAGGUCUUGUUUAAGUAACAACUAUAUUUCUAGUAGAUCUGAUUUCUCAUAUCAGCUGAGUUGGCUGUCAGAGCAAAUAAAUUUCAUAUGUCUGUCUCUGAAUUACAUGUUUACUCUGUAUAAAGUAUUGACAUUUGUUCUGGGAGAAAAAGGUGCUUUUGAUUUAAAGGUGUUUUUUCACGUUUUUUUAGCUCACCUGAGCAAUGCUCAGGUGAGUUUUUCUGAUCGCUCGAUGUCCGGCGUCUGUCGUCCGGCGUCUGUCAACAUUUAGCUUGUGUAUGCGAUAGAGGCUGUAUUUUUCAAUUAAUCUUCAUGAAUAUUGGUCAGAAUGAUAACCUUGAUGAAAUCUAGGCCGACUUCGAAAAUGGGUCAUCUCGGGUCAAAAACUAGGUCACUAGGUCAAAUCAAAGAAAAACCUUGUGUAUGCGAUAGAGGCGGUAUUUUUCAAUUGAUCUUCAUGAAUUUUGGUCAGAAUGAUUACCUUGAUGAAAUCUAGGCCGAGUUCGAAAAUGGGUCAUCUGGGGUCAAAAACUAGGUCACUAGGUCAUAUCACGUAAAAACCUUGUGUAUGCGAUAGAGGCUGUAUUUUUCAAUUGAUCUUCAUGAAUUUUGGUCAGAAUGAUUACCUUGAUGAAAUCUAGGCCGAGUUCGAAAAUGGGUCAUCUGGGGUCAAAAACUAGGUCACUAGGUCAAAUCAAAGAAAAACCUUGUGUAUGCAAUAGAGGCUGUAUUUUUCAACUGAUCUUCAUGAAAUUUAGCCAGAAUGAUUACCUUGAUAAAAUCUAGGCUGAUUUCGAAAAUGGGUCAUUUGGGGUCAAAAACUAGGUCACUAGGUCAAAUCACGUAAAAACCUUGU